AUGGCCGCAUCCGCCCUGUCCGUCUGCUCCAGCAACCUGAGCUAUGGCAACCGCGCCUGCCUGCCCGGCUACAGUGACUCUUGCACCGACUCCUCCUGGCAGGUGGACGACUGUCCAGAGAGCUGCUGUGAGCCCUCCUGCUGCUCCACCAGCUGCUGCCAGCCCACCUGCUGUGUCCCCAGCUGCUGCCAGCCCACCUGCUGUGUCCCCAGCUGCUGCCAACCCACCUGCUGCUCCACCAGCUGCUGCCAGCCCACCUGCUGUGUCCCCAGCUGCUGCCAGCCCUCUUGUUGCACCUCCUGCCCCUGCAAGCAGGCCUGCUGUGUGCCUGUCUGCUGCAAGCCCAUUUGCUGCACACCUGUCUGCUGCACACCUGUCUGCUGCACACCUGUCUGCUGCAAGCCCCUGUGCUGUGUGCCCGUCUGCUCUGGGGCCACCCCCUGCACAACCUCCUCCUGCUGCCAGCCCACCUCCUGCACCUCAUCCUGCUGCAGACCCUCCUCCUGCGUGUCCCUCAUCUGCCGCCCUGUGUGCAGGCCUGCCUGCUGCGUGCCCGCCUCCUCCUGCUGUGGCCCCACCUCCUCCUGCCAGCCCAGCUGCUGCCGCCCAUCCUCCUGCAUGUCCCUGCUCUGCCGCCCCGUGUGCUCCCGCCCAGCCUGCUGCGUCCCCACCUCGGCCCAGAAGUCCUGCUGCUGA